UCAGACAAGAACUCUCUCUCUCUCUCUCUCUCUCUCUCUCUCUCUCUCGCUACAGACGAUCAUCAUGCUGGAAUUCCAUCAGAAUUCCGGCAACAUCCGUCGGGAACAUGGGCCGAAAAUUGGCCACUACGGGAACAGCAGACCCUCCUCGAGCUCGGCGUCGUCCGGCAUCCUCCUCGCCCCCACCUGCCACCAGCACGACGACCCACCAAGCCCCCCUCCCCACCACUGUGGUCGAACACUUCUCAUCCGCUUCUGCCCACUAACGCUCGCUCUCAGGCCAUCGCAAGGGGGCGAUGGGAGCUCAUGGAGAUGCUGAAGGACGUUCCGGAGUCAGCCUACGAGCUCUCCCUCAAGGAUCUCGUCGAACGCGUUUCAGUCAAGGAGAAAGAGGAGCCAAAGGAGGAGGAAGGUCAAAAUAGAGGUCUGAGAAAGAAGAAGAAGAAAAGAAAGAAGGGAAACGGUGGUGGGUGGGAACAGAACUACGGCAACGGAGGUCUCUUGCUGAAGAUGUUCGUGCCAAGCUCUUAUCUGGCUUCAAAGCCGGCCGCUGGAUCGGGGAGGGUGUCGCCGAGGCCUCUGUUCAUGGUGGAGGGGAAGGAAUGUGGCGGCGGAAGCGGCGGUGACAAUUGGGAGUGGUGGAGGAAGGGUUUUAUGGUCGUGGGUUUUGGGAGAAAUAGUAGGAGUAGCAGCUCCGGCAGUAGUAAUAGUAACAGAAGUGGCGGCAGUUCUUCUUCAAGUUCAAGGUAUUCAGAUGGACUAUCAACUGGAUGUUGGUCUUUCCUACGCCCCAGCAGACGCAAAUCCAGCAGAGAUUGAGCCGCUGAAGGGUCUUCUUUUCUUUUCCGUUCUUCUCAUGAAUGGUAUAGUUUGGUAAGAUAAUUUGCCACCAAUCUACUUAUAUACAUAAAACUUCCUCACUUUUCCUCUCUUUGUAAAGCAAGAUCUGUAGCAUAUAAGAAAUGAAAGAGCAGAGUUUUAAGUUCCCCGGAGAGCCUUUUCCUUUUCUUGUUUUUUCUUGUCAUUUGUUUCAACUGAUAACAUGGAUUGCAACCUUUAUGUACCUCUUUACAUUUCAAUCAUAUAUGACUUUCUUUGUGUA